AUGGAAGUUAACGAUGACAAUUCAUCAUCUGAGGAUGAACUUAUCAACAAUAAUUUGUUACCUGUACUGUCUCGUACUGCACAACUGCUUCUUCAGAAUAAUGCUAGUUCAAGCAACAUUCAAAGGAGAAACACAAUCCACAGAGAUCGUUUAGAGGCUGAACGACUGCUAAUCCGACAUUAUUUUGCAGAUGAUUCAACCUAUGGUCACGCGCAAUUCCGCAGAAGGUUUCGUAUGAGCAAAGCAAUACGUCAAUUAGCGAAGGGUUAUAACCCAGACUCGUUAGAUGAGUAUUUUAAUCUGUCAGAAAGAACUUCUCGUGAAGCUCUUGAAAACUUUUGCUACGGUGUUGUCCAAAUGUAUAAGGCUGAAUAUUUACGCCGUCCAACAUCCACUGACAUUCAACUUUUGUAUGAAGCACAUGAAGCUAGACAUGGAUUCCCUGGAAUGCUUGGUAGCAUUGAUUGCACACAUUGGAAUUGGAGGAAUUGUCCAACGGAAUUGAGAGGCCAAUAUAUGAGGGGUGACCAUCAGUAUCCAUCAAUGAUACUAGAAGCGGUGACAUCACAAGAUUUAUGGUUUUGGCAUGCAUUCUAUGGUGUAGCCAGGUCUAACAAUGAUUUAAACGUCCUCUACCAAUCACCAUUGUUUGAUGAGAAAUAUCAUGGAACAGGACUCAAUUGUUCAUUUUAUCUGAAUGGUGAACACUACAAACAUGGUUACUAUCUUGCAGAUGGAAUAUAUCCAUCAUGGGUUGUAUUUGUGAAGGCAUAUCCAUAUCCAGUUACCGACAAAAAGAUACGGUUCAAGGCAACACAAGAAUCAGCAAGAAAGGAUGUAGAACGUGCUUUUGGGGUCCUUAAAGGACGCUGGGACAUAUUAAAGAUGCCUGCACGAGCUAUGACGGUGAAGAAAACAAAAAAUAUAAUGUACGCUUGCAUUAUACUACACAAUAUGAUAUUGAAAGAUGAGGGUGUUGCUAUAUGUCCUGUGUAUCAGCCCGAUCCCCCCACCGACGAAGUUGAUGACCAAGAAAUAAUACAUGAAUUGCGCAAUGCUGAAACCCACCACCAGCUUCGAUCUGAUCUUACUGAUCAUAUUGAACAUGUCUACAUUCCAACUCUAGAUAAUAACUAG